GACGACUCUAAUAUUCAACAAUACGCAAGAUACCCCGAAAUAUCCACCUCUAGAAAUCAUGGCAUAGCACUAGGACAAAUCCUCAUUUUUUCAAGUCAUCCAGCUGGCGAAACUCGGAUCAGCCGCAAUGGCUAGUAACAAUUUUAUUUGGAUAAAUCCGACCACUACUUUGCCCGUCGAUCGCGCCAAAACACGACGUGAUAUCAUGCAGAAAGUGGCCCAGAAAAGGAAGGCAGAACCAAAGUAUCGGCAUCCCAACAGCAGACAACUUCCCCUUUUCAUACCCCGCGACGAUCUUUGUGAUAGCUCAGCAAAGUACAAGGAAUCCCAAACAUUUAAUGUGACAAAAAGACAUGCAAAAACCAAGUCCGAAGAUGUCUUCAUGCGGACAGAUACGACAUACUUGCGAACCCUCACCCCUACAUAUUCAACAGUCCUCGCCAAAACGAAUCUACAUUUCAUAGAUUUAUCUUUACUAACUUCAGUUGGGGUUGGUCGGUAUACUGGGCAAAGGCUUCUUGAAAGCCCUCAAAUUAUAUCGCAUUUCUUCAAGGGAAGAAACUGGUCAUACUUUCAGUAUAUACCUUUGCAUUACCAGCAAAACGUUUUAAUAAGAAGCGCUACAGAUUGUGUGCUGGCUCGCGUUAGGUGGUUACUUGCCCCCGACGACAGAAAAUGGGAGUUCCUUGCUCUCUCAUGCUAUUCAAGAGCGCUCUCAAAGUUACAAGAUGCGAUUCAUUCUACUUCUCAGCACAUUACAGCUGAGGUCCUCUGCGCUACGCUAACGCUAGGUCUAUAUGAACUCCUCAACCCUAGUCGAGAGGACGCGUGGAUGAAGCACACCGCAGGAGCAACUUAUAUAAUAAAAUUACGGGGUCCACAGAACUAUACAUCUGAGUUCGAGAAAUGUCUCUUCAUGGGCCAUGUUGGGCCAAUGGCCACGGAAGCAAUACUCAAUAAUGAAACCUGUUUCCUUGAUCAUCCAGCAUGGAAAGCGACCCUGCUAUCAAUUAUCACUGACGAUCCUCUUGUGCCGGAAAGAAGUACUAUGGUUAUCUCCAUAGUGUUGAUCUUUGUUACCAUACCUACUCUGUUCAAAAGGUUCACUGAUGUUAUUUGUCAUAAACCAGACGAGCCACUUCAAAUAAUUAAAGAGCUCAUAUCUCGAGCCCAGGAACUUCGAGUGUCUCUCCAAGGCUGGUAUCACAAAUAUAUCCAACCUAGUGGGGUCUCAAUUAAUGACUUAGCUUCUGGAAAUAUGUAUUACGAUGCGCUUAUUAUAUAUUAUAUUUGCAUGAUAUAUAGUAGCCGUCUCAAUACAUGCAUCCAUCUACAGGACACACCAGGUAUAUACAAAUUGGAAGAGGAAUGCCAGCGGUUUGCGAGAAUCAUUGUAUCAUUGCAUCAAAGCGGAGAAUCGUCCUCUAACCACCAGAGAGCGUUGCUACUAGCUCAGAAACUACCGAUUGCUGAAGCAACUAUUCAAUCUGGGGAUGCUUGGAAAACACAGCUGAGUCUUGGUUACAGUUACAAUCACAUCUUCAAAAUGCCUAGGGAGAAGUUUGACAUCUGGUGCAAACUCUUUGGACGAAGCACUUUGUAGUAGUAAUAGCUUGUUUGUUUAAUAAAUACCG